UCAGUUAUCGACGAACGGCCAACCGGAUUGCAUCGCGGAUAGUUACAGUGGCGAACACGUGGCGGGUGAAAUUUACGCACGAUCUUCGUGAUAACACGCAACGUAGUGCGGCAUAAAUUCGCUGGUUCGCACCGGGUGACAGGGGAAUUUUUUUGUUCAUUUGUUUCCAGUGAGUGAAAGGUGUUCUUGUGACAAACGGCACAGCCGACCGGGUGAGUUGCGAAACAGUGCCUUGUUUUGUGUGUGAACGAAGAAAUUGGGCUCCCCUCGGAGCGGUACUUGUUGAUUGGAUUUUCGACGGAUUAUUUUUUGCGAGGUCUUUUCUGUGCGAUGGAUGGUGAUCGCUCAGCUACUAUGGGGUCUUGGCUUGUGUGAUGGUUUUUGUUGUCAGUGUUUUGGCAUGCAAGAGUGUUACGUACAAUAGCUGACUGGGAGCUGGUUGUACGAGAGAAGAAGAAAAAGCAAGAAAAAAAUCAGCGAACAGUGAAAAAUUAGGCUCUUUAGAUUCGGUUCGGUGACGAUUGAAUAUUCUGAAAUUUCGACACCGCUGAAGGUUUGCGAACGAAGCGAACGGGAAGAAAACACUCGGCACGUGAGAGCAGCCUAGUGUGGAAGAUUGGGCCUGAAACCGAAAGGGAAGCUACUCUAGUGUGACCGCGAGUGAGGAAGGCUAAUGAUGAUGGUUCGUAGCUUUUCAAGUGCUUGGUGGUCGCCAAGUGGAAAAUAAGCGACAGGAAGUGAGAGAUUUGUGUAUUGUGUUGUUGUGUUUAGGGGGGAAACCUUGACGUAUUUAGUGACAAUAGACGAGGGUACGAUGGAGGGCAAAACAGAAAUCCGUUCGAAGCCUAUUUUGAGCCCAACAAGAUCGUUGGAUGAAGGAUUCGAAAGUGACCCUGACCGUAUAUCAACAGAUUCGGAGCUAGCAACGGCUCAAACAGCUCCUGCGUUCGAUGUUCUACAAACAACCGACCGCGAUGGAGUUCAACAUACUCAAAUAGCUCGACGGUCCCCAGAUAGUCCCCUCGCGAAGGACAGUGGCCCAGAAAGCAUAAUCUGUUUAGAUGGAGAAAUAGAGAAUGAAUUGCGCAGCAAGCUAGAGAAGACUUCCUUGGGUCGACCUCCAACAGGACUUCAAAAUCUCGGUCAGCAAAAAGCUAUCACGAACCAAUCUCAGCAAAUUCGAUACCGUCGAAUUAAGACACGUGCGCCUCCACCACCUUUGGGAAGCUACUACUACCAGAAACGAUCCCAAUCAGUAGACUCCAUGAGCAGAACCAGCUUGCCCAAUCCGUACAGCAGUAUGGAACAGGUGAUUGGAAUGUCCGGCGCGCAUCUCGAUAUGGUCAACAGUAAUGGCGACGUUCUGGCCGGUCGAUUUGUACGAGUAUCGGUGAACGCUCACCAUCAUCAGCAGCAUCAAUUGCUGAACCACCCGUACCGUAUAUCCUCGCUAUCGACUAACAAUAUUUACAAGUACUGUCACGCAUCAACGGCAAUGACCGGCCAUCAGCAACAGCAGCAGCAGCAGCAUCACCAACACUUGAUGCAUCACCAUCACGGUUCAAUUGGCGCCGGUAGUAAUUCCUCCAGCGCCAGUAGCCGCAGCAAUUUGUACUCGCUUCCACCGCAUUACCACGGAGGAUUAUCCGCAGCAUCGGUUCAACCGGCUUCGCACCAGACUUCAGCAGUAGCGCAGGCUACCGGCAGAAACUACAAACAUUUCAACCACGUUCCAGUAUGCUGGACUCAGUCGAUACCAAGGCAAACAAGACGGUACAUUACGCCGACAGCCUUACCCCAGGUGAUAGCUCCACCGAAUAAGUCCACCGGCACCGGCAUCUCGCAGAAGCUUCGGGACCUGGCAACCUCAGCCGGUCUGUUAACGGCAAAACCACGGCCACCGCUCAAACCGGUCAUCAAAACGCGCGGCUCCAACAGCGCCGAGUUUCCGAAGAAGGUGACGUUCAGCGCCUUUGCCACCGUGCAGGUUGUGUAAACGGUAAUGCCAACGAGAGAGAGAUAGGCAGAGAGAGAGAAACAGACAGUGAAAAAAAAACAAUCAUCGUGUAAAGAAGAUCAUUAGGCCGCGGUAAGGUGAUGAGAACGAAGAACUGCGAAUGGGCGGAAAGAACGAAACAAUUACACAAAAGGGACACUACGGUUAUCACCUAGCGAAUAUCAAUUAUUUCAUGCAAUUAUCGGAAAUAAUUUGUUAUUUGCAAAUCGAACAUGCAUAUCGACUAGACGGCUGUGCGGAAUAACAGCGUUAGAAGUAGAAAUUAUAGCAAAACAAACCAGACUUACUACGCCACACAGAGGACAAGAAACGUUGAACACAUUAUACAAGAUGUUGAAACCUUGGAUGCAAUAGUGACGCUUGGGGUUUGAAAAAAAAAGUCAUUUGAAGUCUAGUUCACUUGAAUUUUACUUGAAUGGAAUCCAGCUUCAGAACCAUGCAUCCACCGUCGACUUUUUUCAAUUGGUACAAAUUUUCUCGACACACAACAAAAAACUGCCGCGAGAAUAUUGCAGAUUGUGAUCGAAAAGUCGUGUGCGCACCAGUAAAUGAAAUUCCGCUCGCUACAUUUUCCUCUCCUGCUUUCUACCUUCCCCAAUAAAUAAAUAAAAAAAAAAUUCACUUGUGAUUUACGAGCCAUUUUAGUCUAUACCAUUAGUAUAGAAGGGGAAAUGUUUUUAAACUUAUGCUGUACAUUACGAAUGUUUGUUUGUAUGCUUAUGUGUAUAUCUCUCGAGCAGAUAGUCUCCAUUCUUUUAGUUUUACGUUUUUGUUCUGUUAACUAGUGCGUCUGUAUAAAUUGUACGAUUAUACCAUAUUAAUUAGUUGUUGUAAAAAGUUGCAAGUUUGAGGACUCUCGUGCCUCCGAUCGCGCGCCGUGUGUUUGUGCAGAUAUAGGUACUUAUAGGUAGGGUAGCACACAGUAAAGAAUGAAUUACCAGUGGAGGCACAAGCGGGAUGCCUAUAGGAACAUAUUGCCAAUUAUAAGACUAUAAUAUAUUUCUUACACUUAUAGAAACCCCGUUUCAAUUGAAAAUUGCCCUAGAGAAAAGAAAUUAUCGAUUGUCGAACUGAUAAAAAGAACACAAGUAGAUGCAGUAAAAAGAAUGGAACUAAUGUGAACAAUUUAUGAUCAAGAUUAAAGAUAAGCCGCUUAAGCACACUCUGUUUUAUCCCUCAGUUAAAGUAAAAGAUACUCCGGUAGGGUAUGUGUAAGACUAUAAAUCUCAUUAACACACGCAACUUCAUCUUCGUUUUAAAAAAAUUUGAACCAUUUUUAAAAUAAGAUUGAAGCCAAUUACUCAAUUUAGUUGAUAUUCAUGAAAUAUCUUUUAUUCUUUUGAUCAUCAUCGAAUAUCGAGAACUAUCCAAAAACUGCUUUUGUAUUAGUGCGAUAAAAAUCAUUUUCGAAUGCAGUUUCAGAUAAAUAAGCUUUUCUAAUAGCUUCUAAUGACAUUCAUAUCAUGCAAAACAGUUACUCAUGAUUAUCAAACAAAUUGAGAGAUUUAUUUAUUGCCAGUUUACUGAAAUUAACUAAAUUGACAUACAUGAUUCAAAGAGAGCAUAGAGUACAUUCUUUCUACACGCACACCAACAUGGUUUUCAUUCUCACUCUACCGGAGAGUCUUGAGCCUUAAGCUUAUUUGGGUACUAAUUUUACCAGACAGUCAAAACCGCGAAGGGUCUUCAAUUACUUUCAACCAACAACCCAAUGUAUAGAGUUGCUCUAACAAUCUUCAAAAUUAAAUAUUCUUUUCAUCGCCUAUUAUCUUCCAGUAAAAAUCAAAAGUUCGUGAUCAGCAGUGUGGACUUAAAUUAUGCCAUCUUUACGAAGUAACUAAAUUUCAUAAGUUUAAAUUGAUCCGUCCAAUCCCCUCUAGCGGCCCAAUCAAUCGAGACCGAAAAUUGAUCAAUAAUCGAUAACCGAAAAACACUUUCACUGAUUAGCGCACCUUCAGCCGUUAGUCCGCGAGUCAAUCUCCUAAAAACUACCCACCACGCCCUAAGCACUAAUUAUGCACCUUCAAAGCUUCCACCGUGAGUGUGACGCAUGCCAAAGCUUGACGUUAACAACAUCGCACAGCCACGGGGUGCAUUUGGCGAAAAACAGCACCGAAACAGCUGCCGGGGGCCUGCCUUCAAUUACGGGGCAAUGUUUCCUCGGCGGAAGCUAACCGACAAUCAAAACAUAAAUUGUAGGCAAUUAUUCAAUAAUCGAUCCAAACGUGUAGGAAGCGGCACGUGGAAAUGUUGCUUUCAUAAUCAUUUCUUCUAACGUGUCUUCUUUUUUAUGAUUCAACGAUACCGAUUGUAUAGAAAUUGUAAACAAUUGGAAAACCGUUCCAAAGCUUUAUCCUCGAAAUAAGUAUGUAACUUUGAUCAACAACUCUAGAUACAGUAGACUUAACGAAUUCCCAACCAACCGUGUUGACCUUAGCAGACAAACUUGUAAAUAGCUAAAAGCCGAAAACUCACAACUAAUUUAGCGAAAUCAAUUUGUACAUAAAAGGCUUUUCCCCAUCAUACCAACAUAAAUUUGAAUAAAAGCACACGCAAUACACUCAUGAAUAAAGUGUUAA